AUGCUUUCUUCGCUCGGGAGGAAUGGCUUCGUAGAAAGUCUUUCCGCGGCGAGACAACAUCGGAAUGUGGUCCUUUUCAAUCGCAGAUUGCGGGCAGGGAGCUAUCCGCUUGUCUCUGGUUCAGACAUAGCGCACUGGCAGCCGUCGUCUCGCGUCGAUGUGUUUGCGGGCCGUCUCUACACCACCGCGACACCUCCGCAAGCCACGAAGUCCGCACAGAAUGACUCCAAACAGCAUAUUCCCCCCGUCAUCUCCCCUUCGCGAAAGCCGAAGAUAGAACUCAGGCCCGGUCCCGUGAAAGUCUCGAAGGCGACGCAUACCCCGACCGAACCUGCCGCGGCGUCCCCAAAACCCGCCUCAACAAAAGCCAAUCCUGAACCUCUGUCCCCUUCCGCCUCGCCUGACUCUACCUCCAAGUUCGCCAAAGCCACGGAGCAUGACUUCGAAGAAGCAUCGAAGCACGGCAUUCUCGCACCACCCCCGGAAGGCGCGGGGAUGAUCAGGAGGCUCAUACAUCAGGGGAAAGAGUUCUUCAAAUUCUACUGGAGAGGACUCAAGCUGAUAGAGUCCAACCGCCGGCGGGCGAAGGCCAUUCGGGAGCGGGUUAAGACGGGCGGACGGCCGCUGACGCGGUGGGAGACAAGGUUCAUCAGGACAAACAAGGAGGACCUGUUGAAACUCAUCCCCUUCGCCCUCAUCAUCCUCAUAAUAGAAGAAAUCAUCCCACUCGUUGUGCUCUACGCACCUUUCAUCUUACCCUCCACUUGCAUCUUGCCGUCGCAGAAGGAUCGUAUCGAUGCGAAGAGACGCCUGAAGCAGAAGGAGUAUACAGUCAAGGAUCGGAGGACAUUCGAGCUGGUCCGCCAGCGUAUCGAGGCCGAUUCUAGCGUUCCGGUAGAAAACUUGCUAGACAGCUCUGCCCUUGCAGCUUUCAACGGCUCGUUGGCUCUGCCCACGUGGGGACCCGCACCCCUGCUCCUCCGCCGACUGAAGAGACAUCUCGCAGCGAUCGCCGAGGAUGAUGCGCUCCUGACGCGUGAGGAUUCGGGGCGUUGGCUGACGGAAGCACAGCUUCGCGAUGCACUCGAGGAGCGCGGGAUCGUCACCGAGGGUGUCCCGCAGAAGCUGUGGCAGACGCGACUGGAAUGGUGGCUCUCGCAUGCGGAUACCGCGCAGGCCGCCGAACCCGACGCAUGGCGUCGGCGUGUGCCGCUGGUCGCUAAGAUUGGCACGGGCAAGUUUUGA